UUUCACUGAACUUUGAAAAAGCAAACUUCCUUCCUUCUAAAUCUUCUUUUUCUUUGCACGACGAAAGAAACGACCCAAUGCUAUAAACGUCCAGCUCCCGGGAAGGAUACGGAAACCCGGUGAGCAAAAAGAGGUGACUUGGUGACUUUUAUGCUUAGUUAUUGAUUGAAAAAAAUUAUUCCUCAUCUUGGUUUAUUGUUAGUAAAGCUUUUCUAAUUCUGGGUCCGGGAAAGAUGAGGGAAAAGUUUUGGUUUUUAAUUUGCUUGUGGAUUUUAUUUUCGGGGAAUUGUUUGGGGAGGUUUGUAGUGGAGAAGAACAGCUUAAAAGUGACUUCGCCUGAGUCAAUCAAAGGGGUUUAUGAGUGUGCGAUUGGGAAUUUUGGGGUUCCUCAGUACGGCGGAACCUUGGUCGGCACCGUUGUUUAUCCUAAAGCCAAUCAAGGCGCAUGCAAGUCCUUCGAUGAUUUCGACAUCUCCUUCAAAUAUAAGCCUGGUGGACUUCCCACUUUUCUCCUUGUUGAUCGUGGAGAUUGUUUCUUCACCUUGAAGGCAUGGAAUGCUCAGAAAGCUGGGGCUGCUUCUAUUCUUGUUGCUGACAACAAGAAUGAGCCCUUGAUUACCAUGGAUACGCCUGAAGAAGAGAAUGCUAAUGCCGAAUACCUGCAGAAUAUCACCAUUCCAUCAGCCCUCAUUAGUAAAUCACUAGGGGACAGCCUCAAGAAAGCCAUCAAUGGAGGGGAAAUGGUUAAUAUGAAUCUUGACUGGCGGGAGUCUCUUCCUCAUCCCGAUGAGCGGGUUGAGUACGAGUUCUGGACGAAUAGCAACGACGAGUGUGGUCCAAAGUGUGAAAACCAGAUUGAAUUUGUCAGGAGCUUCAAAGGAGCUGCUCAAAUACUCGAGCAGAAAGGCUACAUCCUGUUUACGCCGCACUACAUAACUUGGUAUUGCCCUGAAGCUUUUAUUUUGAGCAAACAGUGCAAGUCGCAGUGUAUCAAUCAUGGGAGGUACUGUGCUCCAGAUCCUGAGCAAGACUUCAGCAAAGGUUAUGAUGGUAAAGAUGUGGUGGUUCAAAAUCUUCGCCAAGUUUGCGUUUUCAAAGUUGCUAAUGAAAGUGGAAAGCCAUGGCUUUGGUGGGAUUAUGUUACAGACUUUUCUAUCCGCUGCCCGAUGAAAGAUCAGAAGUAUAACAAAGAGUGUGCGGAUAAAGUUAUCCGAUCCCUUGGUGUUGAUCUCAAUAAAGUAGACAAAUGUAUUGGUGACACUGAGGCCGAUGUGGACAACCCCGUUCUGAAAGCUGAGCAAGAUGCACAGAUUGGAAAAGGUUCCCGUGGAGAUGUAACUAUACUGCCAACUCUUGUGAUAAAUAACAGACAAUAUAGAGGGAAGUUGGACAGAGGGGCUGUUCUCAAGGCAAUCUGUGCAGGUUUUCAAGAGACGACAGAGCCAGCAGCUUGUUUAAGUGAAGAAAUAGAAACUAAUGAGUGCUUAGAAAACAAUGGUGGCUGCUGGCAGGACAAGAUUGCUAAUCUUACGGCAUGCAGGGAUACCUUCCGGGGAAGAGUGUGCGAGUGCCCAACAGUUAAUGGGGUGAAGUUUACUGGAGAUGGUUAUACACAUUGUGAAGCUUCUUCGGCUUUACGUUGUCAAUUCAACAAUGGAGGAUGUUGGAGAGAAACACGAGAAGGAAGGACAUACUCUGCUUGUAUUGUGAGUGCCUCUCCUUCCAUCUCUUUUUUGUUUUCUCUAUUUAUCUUUGCAUCAUUUUCUGGGUAUCUUACUUAUCUGAUUCUGGAAUGGAAUGUCCAGGAUGACCAUUCACAUGGUUGCAAGUGCCCAUAUGGGUUCAAGGGUGAUGGAGUCAAGAGCUGUGAAGAUGUUGAUGAGUGCAAGGAGAAGCUAGCCUGCCAAUGUACUGGGUGCAAAUGCAAAAAUACCUGGGGAAGUUACGAGUGCGGCUGUAGCAGUGGUUCGUUGUACAUGCGAGAGCAUGACAUGUGUAUCAGUAAGAAUGGUAGAACAGAGGUAAGCUGGGGGUCCGUGUGGGUAAUAAUUCUCGGAUUGAUCGCUGCUGGAGGUGCAGGAUAUGCCAUUUACAAGUACAGAAUCCGGAGAUACAUGGAUUCGGAGAUUAGGGCUAUUAUGGCACAAUACAUGCCAUUGGAUAAUCAACCUAAUAACGUGCAUCAUCCAGACAUAUAAGAGCAGCUCAUGGAACAUGCUUCCAAAACCCUUAGGGCUUACCUCUUUUAGUUUUUGACUUUGUAAUUCUAAAUGAUUUAAGGUUACGCACAUAAAAAGGAUCUUAUUAU